CGCCCCGCCCGCCGGCCCCGGGCCCCGCGCCGCGGCCGCAGCCCCGCCGCCGCCGCCGCCGCCGCCCCCGCCGCCGGGGACAUGUCUAACCCUGGGGGCCGGAGGAACGGGCCCGUCAAGCUGCGCCUGACAGUACUCUGUGCAAAAAACUUGGUGAAAAAGGAUUUUUUCCGACUUCCUGAUCCAUUUGCUAAGGUGGUGGUUGAUGGAUCUGGGCAAUGCCAUUCUACAGAUACUGUGAAGAAUACACUUGAUCCAAAGUGGAAUCAGCAUUAUGACCUGUAUAUUGGAAAGUCUGAUUCAGUUACGAUCAGUGUAUGGAAUCACAAGAAGAUCCAUAAAAAACAAGGUGCUGGAUUUCUUGGUUGUGUUCGACUUCUUUCCAAUGCCAUCAACCGCCUCAAAGACACUGGUUAUCAGAGGUUGGAUCUAUGCAAACUUGGGCCAAAUGACAACGAUACGGUUAGAGGACAGAUAGUAGUAAGCCUUCAGUCCAGAGACCGGAUAGGCACAGGAGGACAAGUUGUGGACUGCAGUCGUUUAUUUGAUAAUGAUUUACCAGAUGGCUGGGAAGAAAGGCGAACUGCCUCUGGAAGAAUCCAGUAUCUAAACCACAUAACAAGAACUACACAGUGGGAACGCCCAACACGACCAGCAUCUGAAUAUUCUAGUCCCGGCAGACCUCUUAGCUGCUUUGUUGAUGAGAACACUCCAAUUAGUGGAACAAAUGGUGCAACGUGUGGACAGUCUUCGGAUCCCAGACUGGCCGAGAGGAGAGUCCGGUCACAACGACAUAGAAAUUACAUGAGCAGGACACAUUUACAUACUCCUCCAGACCUACCAGAAGGCUAUGAGCAGAGGACAACACAGCAAGGUCAGGUGUAUUUCUUACAUACUCAGACCGGUGUGAGCACGUGGCAUGAUCCAAGAGUGCCUAGGGAUCUUAGCAACAUCAAUUGUGAAGAGCUUGGUCCAUUGCCUCCUGGAUGGGAGAUCCGUAAUACUGCAACAGGCAGAGUUUAUUUCGUUGACCAUAACAACAGAACAACACAAUUUACAGAUCCUCGGCUCUCUGCUAACUUGCAUUUAGUUUUAAAUCGGCAGAACCAGUUGAAAGACCAACAGCAACAGCAGGUGGUAUCGUUAUGUCCCGAUGAUGCAGAGUGUCUGACAGUCCCACGGUACAAGCGAGACCUGGUUCAGAAGUUAAAAAUUUUGCGGCAAGAACUUUCCCAACAACAGCCUCAGGCUGGUCAUUGCCGCAUUGAGGUUUCCAGGGAAGAGAUUUUUGAGGAAUCAUAUCGGCAGGUCAUGAAAAUGAGACCAAAAGAUCUGUGGAAGCGAUUAAUGAUAAAAUUUCGUGGAGAAGAAGGCCUUGACUAUGGAGGGGUUGCCAGGGAGUGGUUAUAUCUGUUGUCACAUGAAAUGUUGAAUCCUUACUAUGGCCUCUUCCAGUACUCAAGAGAUGAUAUCUAUACAUUGCAGAUCAAUCCUGAUUCUGCAGUCAAUCCGGAACAUUUAUCCUAUUUCCACUUUGUUGGACGAAUAAUGGGAAUGGCCGUGUUUCAUGGACAUUACAUUGAUGGUGGCUUCACAUUGCCUUUUUAUAAACAGUUGCUCGGGAAGUCCAUUACUUUGGAUGACAUGGAGUUAGUUGAUCCAGAUCUUCACAACAGUUUGGUGUGGAUUCUUGAGAAUGAUAUUACAGGUGUUUUGGACCAUACCUUCUGUGUCGAACAUAAUGCAUAUGGUGAAAUUAUUCAGCAUGAACUUAAACCAAAUGGCAAGAGUAUCUCUGUUACUGAAGAAAAUAAAAAAGAAUAUGUCAGGCUCUACGUGAACUGGAGAUUUUUACGAGGCAUUGAGGCACAGUUCCUGGCUCUGCAGAAAGGAUUUAAUGAAGUAAUUCCACAGCAUCUGCUGAAGACAUUCGAUGAGAAGGAGUUAGAGCUCAUUAUUUGUGGACUUGGAAAGAUAGAUGUUAAUGACUGGAAGGUAAACACCCGGUUAAAACACUGCACGCCAGACAGCAAUGUCGUCAAGUGGUUCUGGAAAGCUGUGGAGUUCUUUGAUGAAGAGCGAAGAGCACGGUUACUUCAGUUUGUGACAGGAUCAUCUAGAGUGCCUCUGCAGGGCUUCAAGGCUUUACAAGGUGCUGCUGGCCCACGACUCUUCACCAUACACCAGAUCGAUGCCUGCACCAACAACCUGCCAAAGGCCCACACGUGCUUCAAUCGAAUAGACAUUCCGCCCUAUGAAAGCUAUGAAAAGUUAUACGAAAAGCUGCUAACGGCCAUCGAAGAGACAUGUGGGUUUGCUGUGGAAUGAUGAACUUCACGGAUUUACCCCGGACUCUAUUUAUACCCUGACCGACAGCCUCCUUUCAGCAAAGUUGCCCGGAAUGCUGAAAUACAGGAAAAUGCCCCACCCCCCCUAAAAAAAAAAAAAAUGUUUAGGACACUGUGAGGGGAAAGGACAAUUUUGAAAUUCCUUUUCAAGGAAAAAAGAGGUCUUUAUGCUUUGCCAUGAGGCCACACUCAGCUGCUAUUUAAAAUUAAUAUCUUGAACCUAAAGAAUGCUGACUUUUCCUACAUUUCCAGAGUUAGGCAGUAUUCUACACUUAAAGACUACUACUAUUUUUAUAAAAAGGUAAUCUAUUCAGAUCGCUCCACAGAUUUCAAGUCUCUCAAACAUCAAGACAACUCCAGCAGUCGGUACACAUCACAUUUCAUUUGGAUCGAAUACAUGAUUUUGAACAGUUCCUGUACUUGCUCUUUGUAAAAAGAAAUAAAAUUAUUUUGAACGAUU